AAACAAAAUCAGUGACUCGCUCCCUCCAAACUCAGUCACAAAUGAAACUUUGAAAAUAAACCCGAUCAAAUUUCCCGGCGAAACAGAACCAAAACGGAACAAAUAAACGGCCUCAAAGUUCGGUUCCCAUGUCUAAAACCCGGUUCACAUUUCUCUUCUUCAUCUUCUUCUUCAUCACAGUGAUAUAUUCACAGUCCGUAAACCACAAUGAACGGACCCUUCUUCUCAACGUUAAGCAGCAACUGGACAAUCCACCGUCCAUAUCUUCAUGGAACUCAUCAUCUUCGCCGUGUGAUUGGCCGGAGAUAAUCUGCACCGCCGGUUCCGUCACCAGACUCCACCUCCGUGACAAAAACAUUAUGACAACGAUUCCGCCGUCAAUAUGUGACCUCAAAAACCUCACUUUCCUAGACCUUUCCUUGAAUUUCAUCCCUGGGGAAUUCCCUAGUACGCUUUACAAUUGUUCAAAGCUUCAAUACCUAAACAUUUCUCAAAACUAUUUUGUCGGUGAAAUCCCUGACGAUAUUCACCGAUUAUCAACUCUUGUUUCCCUUGAUAUUAAUGGUAAUAAUUUUUCUGGGAAUAUUCCACCCAGUAUUGGGAGAUUACCACUGUUGCAAACGUUAUAUUUACACCAAAACCUUUUCAAUGGAACAUUUCCUAAAGAAAUUGGUGAUUUGUCCAAUCUUCAAACUCUGGGUCUGGCUUAUAAUGGCUUUUCCGCCAUGGAAAUACCUUGGGAAUUUGGUUUCUUGAAGAAAUUGGUGUAUUUAUGGAUGACGGAAGUCAAUUUGAUCGGUGAAAUCCCGGAAAGUUUAAACAAUCUUUCGAGCUUAGUGCAUUUGGAUUUGUCGAGAAACAAUUUGGAAGGUCCAAUUCCAAGUAAUUUGUUUACUUUCGAGAAUCUAACUUAUGUGUAUCUCUUCAAAAAUCAUCUUUCAGGUGAAAUACCCAAAGCCAUUGAUGCUUUGAAUUUGGUUCAAGUUGAUCUUUCCCAGAAUAAUUUGACCGGCGAAAUUCCACAAGGGUUCGGCGAGUUGCGGUAUUUGGAUUUUUUUAACUUGUUUUCGAACCAGUUGACCGGAGAAUUGCCGGAAAGUUUCGGUCGACUGCCUGCUUUGAGGGAUUUUAAGGUUUUUGACAACAACUUGACUGGAGUUUUGCCGCCGGACUUCGGGCUUCAUUCAAAGCUGGAAGCAUUCGAGGUGUCGGAGAAUCAAUUCAGCGGCAGAUUGCCGGAGAAUUUAUGCGCCGGUGGUGUUUUACAAGGAGUGGUGGCUCAUACAAACAAUCUCGAAGGUGAAAUACCGAAAUCGCUCGGGAAUUGUUCGAGUUUACUCACUUUUCAACUUCAACACAACAAGUUUUCCGGCGAGAUUCCGUCAAGUUUAUGGAACACUUUCAAUUUAUCGUCUUUGAUGUUAAGCAACAAUUCGCUUACCGGCGAGUUACCGAGCGAUGUUGCAUGGAACAUGUCGAGGGUCGAAAUCAGCAACAACAAUUUCUCCGGCGAAAUCCCAGCCGGAAUUUCAUCAUGGUCGAAUUUGGUCGUCUUUAAAGCCAGCAACAAUUUGUUUUCCGGUCAAAUCCCCAAGGAGAUAACCAAUCUUACUCGACUCAUCACAUUACUUCUCGACGGCAAUGAUUUUUCCGGCGAACUACCGUCGGAAGUCAUCUCGUGGGAAUCGUUGAAUACAUUGGAUGUAUCCAACAACAAUCUAUCGGGUCAAAUCCCUGCUGCAAUCGGAUCCUUACCCGAUUUAAUCAACUUGGAUUUAUCCGAAAACCAUUUUACUGGUGAAAUCCCAUAUGGGAUCGGCAACUUGAAGCUCACUUCUCUGAAUUUAUCAUCAAAUCAACUUUCCGGGAAAAUCCCAUAUCAGUUGGAAAAUCCUGCAUAUGAAAACAGCUUUUUGAACAAUGUUGAUCUAUGUUCAGAUGAUCCAAAACUAAAUCUUCCAAGCUGUACUUCCAUGGUGAAUGAGCCCAAGAGAUUUUCAUCUAAACAUGUCGCCAUGAUUGUACCUCUUGCAAUCCUUGUUUCCUUGGUUAUUGUUGUACUGGUGCUUUUCAUUGUUAGAGACUACUAUAAGAGGAAGAAGAUUGGGCAAUAUUUAGAGACAUGGAAGCUGACCUCAUUUCAGAGAUUGAACUUCAGUGAAAUGAACAUAUUGUCCAAUUUAGUAGAUGAUAAUCUCAUCGGUGUUGGUGGCUCGGGGUUGGUUUAUCGGGUUGAAAUCGAUCGUUCCGGGGAAUUUGUUGCGGUGAAGAAAAUCGGGAAUUGUGAGAAACUUGAUCGCAAGCUUGAGCAAGAGUUUCUAUCAGAAGUUGAAAUAUUGGGAAACAUUCGUCAUUGCAACAUAGUGAAGCUAUUGUGUUGUAUUUCGAGUGAGGAUUCGAAGCUUUUAGUGUACGAGUAUAUGGAGAAUCAGAGCCUUGAUAAAUGGCUUCAUGGGAAUAAAAGGUCAUUUCCUCGUGGUGUUUUGGAUUGGCCGACGAGGUUGAAAAUUGCUAUUGGAGCCGCACAGGGAUUGUGUUACAUGCACCAUGAAUGUCCUACACCGAUCAUCCACCGUGACGUGAAGUCGAGCAAUAUUCUGUUGGACAAGGAGUUCAAGGCCAAAAUUGCAGACUUUGGACUUGCAAAAAUGCUAACAAGGCAUGCAUCGCACACAAUGUCAACAGUUGCAGGGUCUUUUGGUUACCUUGCCCCAGAGUACGCGUACACGACGAAAGUCAAUACGAAGGUCGAUGUCUACAGCUUUGGAGUGGUGCUACUCGAAUUGGUGACGGGAAGAGAAGCGAAUAGCGCGAAUGAUAGUAUGAGCCUAGUGCAAAAGGCAUGGCAAAACUUCUCGGAGGGUGAUAAAUCCAUAAUUGAAAUACUUGAUCCAGAGGUAAAAGAAUCAUGUUGCUUGGGGGCAAUGAUAAUGGUAUACAAGGUAGGGAUCGUUUGUACACGCGCAUCGCCUUCAACCAGGCCGUCGAUGAAGGAAGUUCUGCAUGUACUCCAACGCUGGUGUCCUGAGGAUGGCUGGAGUACCAAAAGAGUGGGAAGUGAGUUCGACGUUGCUCCACUUCUUGGCGGUGCCGGUGCCGCUGCCGGUGCCACAUAUUUUUCCAGCUACAAGAAUAGUGAAGAGGGAUCCGAGGAUAGAGUUUAGAAUGCCUGGAUUAGAUUAGCAGUGGUGAUUCUCAACCAAAAAAAAAAAACAAAAAACAAAAAACUGUGGGAAUCAGCUUUGUUCGUCACAUUAACAUGGGAUUUCUCAGCUAAAUAUUCCACUGACCAAAAGCAACCAUGGACUAUCGUAUAGCUGUAAGUGUGUGCACUUGUGCUACUGUCUUUUUAGAAUCUUCCAUAUUCGUUUUAGAUUUCAUGUUAAACUCAUCUCUUUCAACUUGAACUUAAAAGAGAUUGUAAUAUAUUUUAUCUAUCUUACUACUGUUGAUUGUAAAUAUCAAUAUAUACUAUCCGAUAUAUGUUUUUCUUUC